AUGGCCCAUUCGUCUUUGUCGGAGUCCCCGCGAUCUGGAUCCGAUGGUGAUGCUGAGCCAUCCGAUACUUGUACGCAUGUACUUCCUGGACCAUAUAGGUGGGAGGUACUGCGUAAGAGGACACAGCGCACUCACAUUUCACAGCUUGUGUGGAACGAGGAUAAGGUAAUGGGGUUAAAGACAAGGCGCGAGAAACUACAGGGUGGACCUCGUGCUGACGAUAUACCAGACAUCGUCGCUGACUAUCUGACACAGGGUGGUUUCAUACACGUGGCAUGUAUGAGUUAUAUUCAGAUCGAUACCACUCUGAUCAGUGCUUUGGUUGAGCGGUGGAGAUCAGAGACACACACGUUUCGUAUGACACAGGGAGAGAUGACAAUCAUAUUACAGGACGUGGCUGGUAUACUUGGUUUGCCUACUGACGGGCAGGCAGUUACUGGACCUACAACGAUAUAUCCUGAUUGGGGCCCAGUUGCAGAAGAUCCUGAUGAGGUGAGGCGUUACACCUGGGCACACAUUUUGCGACUAUUAGGCUCAUGGCUACUGUCUGACAGAUUGGGUGGAAGAAAAAUUGCAUGUCGUUACAUUCCACUUCUGGGAGGGGACUUUCAGGACAUUGGCAGAUACAGUUGA